UUUGCAUGCACGAUUGUUAAGUUGCCAAGCUUUAAAAAAUGGCAUGUAGCCAACGACCUUGAAUGUAUUGCGAAAUUCGCAACUUAUUAAGUCAUCAAAAGGAAACCUUCCCUUAUAUAUACACUGAAGUCUAUGAUUACAAGUAUAGUGUGUUUUAACCAUCGACGGAUCUACACAACCUAUCAUUGAAAUAUCAUCAAUAAUGGCAACUAAAAAAGAAAAGAUUACUGAGGAUGAUACAAAAUGUUCAGUAUGUCUGUUAAUCUUUCGGAAUCCAAGAAUAUUGCCAUGUAAGCACACGUUUUGCCACGAUUGUUUGUGUGGGGUCGUGAAGCAACACGAGGGAAAGUCUGCGUUCCCUUGUCCUAUGUGCCGGGCUUCUACCAAUACUGACAUUCGUAUAACUAUUGAAACAUCAGAACGACUAGUAACUCAAUUCCCUGUGGAUCGUGAGAUGCAAUCUCAUUUGGAAAGAAGGCAGACAUGUCUCGCGUGCAAAACCGAGAGUAAGAAUGAGACUGCGACGGUAUAUUGUAUGGGCUGUCACGAACACAUGUGCACGGUCUGUGGAGAAACUCACAAAAAGUACAAACAGAUGAGGAAUCAUCAGUUACGGCCGUCAGAAACGGCGCCUUCAUCCAAAGUAAGGGAUUCGUUACAGGAACUGAGUCGCUGUCCAAAUCAUGAAAAUGAAAAUUUGGAGUAUAUUUGUCAAGAUCAUGACCAAACCUGCUGUAGUAAAUGCGCUUUUACAUCACAUCGAAAAUGUGAUAAAGUAAUGCUUUUAAGUGACGUCAUCAAAGACAAUAAAACCUAUGAAGCUAGUAUUAAAGAAAAGACAGACAUGAUGGACAAAGCUUUAAAGCGUGUUUCAGCUCUGUGCUUAGAACUAGAAGGAGAGCCGUUUCGUGUUACCUUUAGUGAGAACAAAAUAGAGGAACAGCUGUCCGAAAUUGAAUUACUUAUAGAUAAAGCAGUUCACAGUCUUAAAGGCAAGGUAAAGAAGGCGUUUAUGAAGGAAAAAAUAGACAUUAUACGGUCAUCAGAGGCAACAUUAAGUACAGCGACUGCCAAGAAGGCAGAUAUUCAAAACAAGAAGGAGGAGCUUGACGGGGUUCUUUCUCAUGGGGACGACUUGCAGAAAUAUAUGUACUUGCGUAAUCAGCCAAGCAGCGUUGACGCUGACGCUGCCUGGGUAAUUAAAUUCACACAGAAGCGCAUCGUUCUUCAUAAGACACUAGAUACGAAUUUGCGUCUAAGAUCUGACAAAAUUGUGACAAAAACUCUGUUAGAUAAUGUACUUAAAGAAAUAAAAAACCUUGUUGAAGUAAAGCAAGAGAUAUGACUGUCGUCUAUCUAUUAAUUAUGUUUCCUACUUUCAUUAGCUCAAAUAUGUAAUUUGCUGCUGUUUUUGUUUGUGUAUGUAAAUGAAAUGCACAUUUAUUUCAUACGUUAUAAAAUGUUAAGUAUAUAGUGCUUAAAUUUAUCAAAAAUGGUAUUUAAUUGUCUUUAUGAAUGUUUUUAAUGUGUUGUAUUGCAUGCAUGUCAUCUAACAUAUGGUAGUGUUGGGAAAUAGACGCGAAAUGUGUUUUGUCAUUAGAAUGUAACACAUUCAUUUUAAAUCUUAUUUAUUGCAUGUCCUAUUAUUGUUAAUUUUAAAGGAAUACGAUACACUAUGGUAUUUGUAUUACUAAGCGUCCCCUGUAUUUUCAGUAGUUUUGUGUUACUUCUUGUUAUUGUCUUACUAUGAUUUUGUGUGACGAGUAAUUUGCACGUAUAAUAAAUUGUUAUUAUUGAUGGUUUUAUAUUAUUUAUGUAUAAAGUAUAUAUAAUUAUAAUCAAUAUGUAUAUAGGUUUAUUAAUGUUGUCAUAAAUUGAAUGUACUUAAAUUGUCUACAUGAGUAUGGCCUUCUAGAAAUGUUGCAAAUAAAAUAUUAAUUUUUUGUGAAUGACGUCUGAAUCAUGGAUAUAACUCCAAUAUGGCGUCAUAUUAAUCGACACUACAGUGAAUUCAAAAUGCUAGCAAAACAAUAAAAAUAAUGUUUGACAUAAACGUUUUGUGUAAGUGUUCUGACACAUUUUAGUAGAAUAUAUAGUGAAUAGCAUGUUACUUCCCUAUCAUUGUGUAAUAUAUAAGGUGAGGCUAAGAAUUUAAAAAAAACGAAGACGCUAGCCAUUUUAUAUUUUUUAUUUAAUAAUAAAUUAGUGGAUGACUUUUUAUCAAUGAAUGUGUAUUGUAGCAGAUGCAUGCGUGGUUUUGUAGUAGCAUGGUGUGAGUUAUAUGCUUGGCUUCUUGUACAACUCCGUCGUGGGUCGUAUGGAUUGUUUGAUAUAUGUAAUCAUGUAUAUAUUAAUACUUUAAACUUCGUGUUUAAUAUGUGUGUUGCAAUGUAUUGUUAUUAUAGUAACUUGUAUAUAUACUUAGUAAUUGUCGCAAAUUCUAGUUGUGAUGGGUGUUUUUUAUUCAAAUAAAAUAAUUAACUGAUUUUACUGACAGCAAAUAAUAUACUAAUCUAUUUUCUCAUCAUUAUAUGUUAUAUUUGUUUCAUGUUCAUAUUUUAACUAUUAGUACGCUUACAUUUAAUAACGACGAUGUACUAUUCACAGAAUAAAGAAUAUAACCAC